AUGGAUCGAGUACAUCCCUCGACCCAUCGUGCGUUCAUUGCCUUUGGCAGCAAUGUCGGGGACCGCAUUGAUAUGAUCGAGGCUGCUUGCCGCGAAAUGGAGCGGGCCAACAUCCGAAUCAAGCGGACGAGCUCCCUCUUCGAAACCGCCCCGAUGUAUGUCCUCGACCAGGAUCCCUUCAUCAAUGGAGUGUGCGAGGUGGAAACCAGCCUCUCCCCCAUGGACCUGCUCGACACGCUCCAAGCCAUCGAGUUAGGCCUCGGCCGGAAGAAACUCAUCGACAAGGGACCACGCUCAAUCGACCUGGACAUCCUCCUCUACGACGAGCAAAUCUUCACGCACGAGCGUCUCGACAUCCCGCACAAACUGAUGCUCGAGCGCGACUUUGUCCUCCGACCCCUCUGCCAACUAAUCCCUCACGAACGCCCUCCCUUCCUGGGCCACUCCCAAAGGCUACCUCAACCACCUCAAAACCCUCCCACCCCCAUCUCCAACCCCCCACCCAACAACCCCCAUAUCCCCCCUAUUUCCCCCAAUCCACAGCACCAACCCCUCCCGGCCAACCCACAUUAUGGCAAUCCUAAACCUAACCCUAGACUCCUUCUCCGACGGCGGCACGCACUCACCCACAGACCUGGCAACCCUAACCACAACAGUAAACAACAUGAUCCGCUCCGGCGCAACAAUAAUCGACAUCGGCGGCGAAAGCACCCGUCCGGGCUCCAAGCCCGUCAGCGAAUCCGAGGAAUUAUCCCGGGUGAUCCCCGCAAUCCGGCACAUCCGGACCACCAUCCCCGAGGCCGCCCACAUCGCCAUCAGCAUCGACACGUACCGCGCGCGCGUCGCUGAAGCCGCCUGCGCCGCCGGCGCGGACAUCAUCAACGACGUCUCCGCGGGCCUCCUCGACCCCGAAAUGCUGCCCACUAUGGCGAGGACCGGGAAAUCAGUCAUAUUAAUGCACAUGCGCGGCACACCUGCCACGAUGACCAAGCUGACGGAUUACCCCAACGGAGUUAUCCAGGAUGUGGGCAGUGAACUCCUUGAGCGGGUUGCAGCCGCAGAGGCGGCGGGGAUCCGGCGGUGGAGGAUCAUAUUAGAUCCGGGGCUGGGGUUCGCGAAGAACGAGCCGCAUGAUUUGACUAUCUUGAGGGAGUUGGAGAAGUUGAGGACAGGAGUGGAGGGGUUGGAAUAUUUCCCGUGGUUGAUGGGGCCGAGUCGGAAGAGGUUCGUGGGGAGGUUGACAGGGGUGAAGGAGGCGAAGGAUAGAACUUGGGGCACGGCGGCGACGGUGACGGCGAGUGUUGCUGGGGGCGCGGAUAUUGUCAGGGUGCAUGAUGUGAAGGAGAUGUGGCAGGUUGGGAGGGUCGCGGAUGCGAUUUAUAGGGGGGUUGUUUGA